UCCUUCCGGUCACCAUGGCGACAGGGCGCCUGGGGGUCGGAGAAACGCUAGGGGCCCUCAACACGGCCCUGGGGCCUGGCGAGCCCGUGUGGUUUAAGGAGACGCGUGCCCGCCACCUGCGCGCCCGAGACUUCCUGGCGCCGCGGCCCGCGCUGCAAGCGCGCUUCGAGGACGGACAGGUGCCCGAGCAUGUGGUCCGUGCGGUCGCCGGCUUGCAAGGCCCCGGCGUGGCCCCGGUGCUGCGCUGCGAGCCGACGCCCGCGGGUCUGGCACUCCAGCUGCAGCGGCCCGCCGUCUUCGAGCGCGUGCUCGGCGCGGUGACCGCCUAUGCCGCGCCCGCCGCUCCCGCCGCGCCCGGCCCGCGCGUCGUCCUGCACUGCCCGGCGCUGCGCGGCGCCCUUGGCGCGCUCCGCUUGAGCCAGCUGCGCGCCGUGCUCGUGGCCGAUCAUUUGGCGCGAGCUCUGCGCGCUCAUGGGGCGAGUGUGCGGCUGGUGCCCGCCGUGCGGGACCCGCACAUGCGGACCUUCCUGCAGCAGCUGCGCGUGGACUGGCCUGCUGCCUCCGAGAAAGCCGCCACCGGAGCCCUGAGGAACCUCCCGCUGGCAGAGCUUAGCCCCGCCCCGGAUGGAGGAGGCUUGCCCCCUGGCGUCCUGGGCACAGUGUGUCUGAAGGAGGUGAUGCGAGAGCGGGGAUGCGCAGCUGGCUAUGACCCCAACGUGGACAAGUGUCUGGUGACCGAGGAUCUGCUCUCCGUGCUGGCAGAGCUGCAGGCAGCUGUCCGCCACUGGCCUGGGGACGGCCCUCGGGGCCUGGCCGCGGCCCCAGAUGCUGAUGGCUGCAUGGCCCUACACGUGGUGAGCUGUGAGGAGGAGUUCCAGCAACAGAAGUUGGACUUGCUCUGGUGGAAGCUGGAUGAGCAGGCUCCUCGCACACAGAAGCACCUGGUCUGUGGCCCAGUGAAAGCAGCUAGUGCCCUGACGGCCCCCGAGUACUAUGACCUCCGGCACGCCCAAGUGUGCAAGGCGGCAGCCCUGAAGCGUGGCAGGGAGCUCAGCCAAGACCCAACCUGGACAGAGGUCUUCAGCGUUCUGUCUGCAGCCACCAUCAAGUUUGAGAUGCUCAGCACAGCUCCACAGAGUCAGCUCCUCCUGGCCCUGGCCGACGGCAGCAUUUCCACAAAGGGCACCAAGAGCGGCACCUUCGUCAUGUAUAACUGUGCCCGUCUUGCCACACUAUUUGAGGGGUACAAGCACAGCACGGAACAAGGUCUGUACCCCGCUUUUCCACCUGUGAGCAGUCUCGAUUUCUCACUGCUACAGGAUGAGGUAAGUGUCGUCCUGGGUAGCUGGGCACCUGUAGGAGGUUGGGACCUCCCCUCGCAGCGCCCUUCUCCACCCCUACCCCCCCAGGGCGAGUGGCUGCUGCUCUUCAAUGGCGUGCUCCCCUUCCCAGAGCUGCUGAGCCAGACCGCAGCCCUGGCGUGCGCAGCCCCAGGGCUCCACGCGACUGCGCGCACGGAGAUGAUGUGCAAGUUCCUGGUUCAGCUCAGCAUGGAUUUCAGCUCAUACUAUAACCGCGUACACAUCCUAGGGGUAAGUACACAGCACAGGGGGCGGGGGGGAGAGCUUUUAGGGGUGCAAGGGCAGCAAAGGAGGAGACCAGCAGGCCCCUUCUCUCCUCCAGGAGCCUCGACCACACCUGUUUGGUCAAAUGUUUGCCCGUCUCCAGCUUCUGCGGGCUGUGCGUGAAGUGCUCCAUGCUGGCCUAGCCACGCUGGGUCUCCCUCCACUGAACCACAUCUAAGGCCACAGAGAUCCCGAUAUCUAGGAAUGUUUACAAAAGUCAUCACCUGGAAAAAAGAUACCAAGAUCUUAUUAGAGACGUGGAGCCAAAAUAAAUUGCUUCUGUUCUAUACAAAGUCUGGUCCUGUUUGUAGGCAGUGGGGCGUGUUUUUGGUCGGCCUGAACCGCCCCAG